AGAGCAGGUCAUAAGGCAAACCAAUCCCUGCGCCCUGGCCCUUCCUCUCCCAGCUCUGUGUUACUUCUACCCAUUUUUUUCUUUUUUAACCAUUUUAUCGUUCUAAUUUACCCUUUUUUUUUUUUUUUUGUUUUUCUAGGUUUUUGAAUCUUUCUUUUUUACCAAUUUGCUUGUUGUUUUUGUUUUUUUACCCAAAAUUUCCAGAGCUUUGAGGGUUAGGAGGUGUGAAUCUUGUUUCCCACCUGUGUUACUUUUCGUAACACCGCCGUUACUGUUUCAAUCAUUUCAUUUCUUGUUAGUAGUGUUGUUGUUCUUCUUCUUUUGCUUUUAGGGUUUCAUACUAUCAAUAGUUCAAAGAAUCAAGAAAUUAUUUGUGAGAUUUUACAAGAAAUGGAAAAGAAAAAAGUUACGGUACCUCUUGUUUGUCACGGUCACUCUCGUCCAGUUGUUGAUCUCUUUUACAGUCCUGUUACUCCUGAUGGUUUCUUUCUUAUCAGCGCAAGCAAAGAUGCUAGCCCUAUGCUGAGGAAUGGAGAGACUGGAGAUUGGAUUGGAACAUUUGAAGGGCAUAAAGGUGCUGUUUGGAGUUGUUGUUUGGAUGCUAAUGCUUUGCGCGCUGCUACUGCUUCUGCUGAUUUCUCAACCAAAGUUUGGGAUGCAUUAACAGGUGACGCGUUACAUUCUUUUGAGCAUAAGCACAUUGUCAGAGCAUGUGCUUUUUCUGAGGAUACCCACCUUUUGCUCACUGGGGGAGCAGAGAAAAUUCUCCGAAUUUAUGAUUUGAAUCGGCCUGAUGCACCUCCUAAAGAAGUGGAUAAAUCCCCUGGUUCAGUCAGGAGUGUUGCAUGGCUUCAUAGCGACCAGACUAUAUUGAGUUCAUGUACUGAUAUGGGAGGCGUCAGGCUAUGGGAUGUAAGAACUGGUAAAAUUGUCCAGACACUUGACACCAAGUCGCCUAUGACUAGUGCUGAAGUGAGUCAGGAUGGUCGCUAUAUUACAACUGCCGAUGGUUCUACUGUCAAGUUUUGGGAUGCAAAUCACUAUGGAUUGGUGAAGAGCUAUGACAUGCCUUGCAAUGUGGAAUCAGCUUCGUUAGAGCCCAAGUUUGGUAACAAGUUUGUUGCUGGGGGAGAAGACUUGUGGGUUCAUGUUUUUGAUUUCCAUACGGGCGAUGAGAUUGCAUGCAACAAAGGACAUCAUGGUCCUGUACACUGUGUCCGGUUCUCUCCUGGAGGAGAAUCGUAUGCAUCAGGAUCUGAGGAUGGAACCAUCAGAAUAUGGCAGACAGGGCCAUUGGCUCAUGAUGAAUCAGAGGGUUUAUCACCAAAUGGAACCCUGGAAAAGGAGAAGGCAAAUGCAGAGGAGGAGGUUUCGCGCAGGAUUGAGGGUUUUCAUAUUGCAGAGGAGGCCAAGUCCAAAGGAAAGGAAGAGGCGGAGGGAUUAUGAUACUAAUAAUUGCGCCCUUUUUCUUGCCAUUGUUUUACCGCUUUAGCAUGAUAUUUGAACCUUGGGCCUUCUAAUAUACAUGAUUAGUAUAAACUAAAUUUUGUAAGUUUUAGUUUGUAUUGGACAUAUAAUGAAUUGACGAGCUGGUUAAGGAUAGUUAUGUUUUAUGUUUGUUUUAAUUUCAGGGAGUUUGUGGGAUACUGGAAAUAGCUUUA